AUGGUGCUGAAAGAAGAGAGCUCCCAGUGCACGGCGUGCGUGCGCCAGGUGCAGCACGUGCUGCGAUGCCGCCGGGACCGCGUGUUCGGCGCAGCGCGGCCGGAGGAGCGCCGCCGACCGGGGGCUGACGUGCCGCCUCUGGGGCAUGUGUUCCGUGUGUCGGCGACGCUGCGCCGACACCUCGCCGCGCGCGCCAGCCAGAGGUCGUUCCGCUGUGACGCGUGCAGGCAGGCGUUCAGGGAGGCGUUCUUGGACGUUCACGCGCGUGCUCACACAGAGCCGGAGGUGUUCAAGUGCGACGUGUUCGGGGAUGCGUUCGGCGCUCGCUCGCUCCGAGCGGCCGCGCGCGUCCACACGGGCGAGCGGCCGUUCAGCUGCCGCGUCUGUGGCCAGGCGCUCGCGCUCAACUCCUCGCUCCGAGCGGCAGCGCGCGUCCACAAGGGCGGGAGGCCGUACGGCUGUGAGGUGUGCGGUGGGUCGCUCCGCCGCAAGGUCCGCCUGCAGCUGCACGGCUGGACGCACUCCGGCGAGAAGCCCACCGCUGCCGUGCUAGUGUGA